CACUGAAGGCUGCAGUCGCGCGCCGGCCGGCACACAAUACGGACGUGCCGUAACCUAGUCAAAUAACACCGCGUGGCCGUACCGCGUGUUUCAAAUUAUCGCUAUGGCGUACGUCACACUUGCAGUGAUCGUGUCCGCCGCUGUGGCGCUAGUAUCGAGUAGUGUUGUCCAGGCACCGGGCAAUGGCAACUUCGAGCUGCUCAUCUUACACAACAAUGACAUGCACGCCCGCUUCGAGCAGACCUCUCAGCUCAGCGGCGCUUGUACCACCGCUGAUCGAGAGGCGGGCAAGUGCUAUGGAGGUUUUCCGAGAGUAGCUCACGUAGUGAAAGAGGCAAGAAAAGCAGCCGCGUCGGGCGAAGGUCCACCGGUUCUGUACCUUAAUGCAGGCGACACUUACACUGGUACUGCCUGGUUCACCAUCUACAAAUGGAAAGUCGCUGCUGAAUUCCUUAACGCAUUACAGCCUGACGCCGUUUCACUUGGAGGUAAUGAUUUUGAAAAAGAUUCUGCCGAAUUAUCACCGCUAGUAAAAAGUAUAAGCACUCCUGUACUAGCCACUAAUAUAAUUUUAAAUACUGAAGAAAAAGAAAAACUACAAAAGUCUAUUAUAUUUGACGUAAAAGGACAUAAAGUAGGAAUCGUUGGUUUUGUUACACCGGAAUUAAGUAUACUUGAUAGUACUGGUGCUGUGGAAUACAUAGACGAAGUAAUAGCUAUAAAGGAAGAAGUUAACAAAUUAAAACAACAAAAUGUGUCAAUAAUCAUAGCAUUAGGACAUGCAAAUAUAGAUAAAGUCAUUGAAAUAGCAGCUGAAGUUGAUGGCAUUGACUUAAUUAUUAACGGACAUAAAAAUAUUUACGGAUCAAACGGCAACACGAAGAAUUCACAAGAUGAAGUCGAGAAUGAAAUAUCUGUAACACAACGUUCAGGUAAACGAGUACCAAUCAUCCAAUCCUUUGCUUACAACCAAAAUUUAGGUAAAAUCAUAACCAAAUUUAACAACAACGGUGAAAUAUUAGAUCACCAAGCUGAGCAGAUUCCAUUAGAUUUCUCCGUUCCUCAAGAUUCAAAUACUCUAACAUUAAUGAAGACAUAUAUGGCAGAUAUUGAUUUACUAAGUCAAGAAGUAAUAGGUAGUACCGCAGUAGUUCUAGAUGGAGACACAUGUAAAUCGGAGGAAUGUAAUUUUGGCAACUUAAUUACUGAUUCUAUGAUGUAUUACUAUUCUAUUAGACAUCAAGGUGAUCGUUGGACUGACGCACCUAUUGCAAUCAUUCAAAGCAGUGCUAUAGCUACAUCUAUCGCACCACAGAACCGUCCAGCAGCUGUAACUAAGCGUGUUUUAUUAUCUGCUAUACAAUCUGAAGGUAACAUAGUCGCUGUUACAAUAUCUGGAACUCUAUUGAAACAGGUGCUGGAGCAUUCGGUCACGGACUAUCGUAUAACUGAUCCGUCCGGUCGAUUCCUUCAGUUCUCCGGCAUUCAAGUGACAUAUGAUAUGGCUAAUGCACCAGGUUCUAGAAUAAUCGAUGCGCUUGUUAGAUGUGGGGCGUGUUCUAUACCCCAGUUUCAGGCUAUCAACGAUUCGACGGAAUACACAAUACUGAUGCCAUUGUCGUUAGCAAACGGUGCAGAGGGAUAUUCAAUGCUUGUUGCGCUUCCUCGCAGGUUUUUAGACUUUGACGAAGCAUUCGGUGCUGAAAGAUACAUUGCACAACGUAGUCCAGUGUAUCCUGAAGUAUCGGGUCGAAUUUCCCUUGGAAAUCAUGAAUUCGACAACGGUAUCUCCGGCUUGACGCCAUUCAUUGAAAACUUAACAUGUCCAGUGCUCGCAGCAAAUCUUAUUCUGAAUCGGGAACCUUCACUGGAAGCCCAAAAGAAUUUAAUGAAAUCUAUAACACUUGACGUUAAAGGAAAUAAAAUAGGAAUCAUAGGUUACCUAACUCCUGACACGAAAAUUCUAGCAACACGAAACAAUGUAGACUAUACCGAUGAAGAAAUAGCUAUUAGAAAUGAAAUUGCUAAAUUGAAAAAGCAAAAUGUUAAGAUUUUCAUAGCGUUAGGACAUUCUGGAUAUCUCAAAGAUUUGGAAAUAGCAAAAAUAGAGGAUAUUGAUCUAGUUAUUGGUGGACAUACUAACACUUUUCUUUGGGAUGGUAAAACAAUAGACAGCGAAAAAGCGGACGGUCCAUAUCCUACGCUGGUUAAACAGACUAAUGGAAAAAUAGUUCCAGUAGUACAAGCGUAUGCGUAUACAAAAUAUUUGGGCAAAUUGCGCCUAGUCUUUAAUAGUAGCGGUGAUAUUAUUAGCUUCAACGGUACUCCUAUUCUACUUGAUAACUCAGUACCACAAGAUUCCGAAAUUUUAAAAAUAGUGCAAAAAUAUCAUGAAGAUGUUACGAAAUUAACCGAAGUGGUCGUAGGGAAAGUUUCAGUUAUCUUGGAUGGUAGAUCGUGUCGACUAAAAGAAUGUAACAUGGGCAACAUGAUUACAGACGCAAUGGUACACAAAUAUGCAUCAGAAUAUUUUGGUGAAGGAUGGACAGAUGCGCCUAUUGCUAUUAUGCCAGGAGGUGGUAUAAGAGCAUCAAUAGUACACAAAGAUCUACCAACAAAUAUAACGAAAGGUGACCUUCUGAUCGUAUUGCCUUUCGAUGGAAAUUUGGUCAAAUUGUCAAUUAAUGGAUCAAAUAUUUGGAAAAUGUUAGAGCAUUCUGUAGCAGGUUAUCUGCCUCUCCGCCCACCGGGAGAGUUUCUACAAUUGUCUGGACUUAAAGUGGAAUAUGACUUCGAAAGACAUCCCGGAAUGAGAGUCAAAAGUGUAUCCGUUCGUUGCGGCAAUUGUUAUAUACCCACGUAUUCUUUGUUAAACAGAACUGAAGUUUAUAACAUACUGAUGCCUUCAUUUUUAUCAAUGGGCGGAUGUGGUUUUUCGUCUCUUGGAAAUCACGAGUUUGACAACGGAGUCAGUGGACUCACUCCCUUUAUACAAAAUCUGACAACUCCCGUUUUAGCAGCCAAUUUAAAACUAAACAAUGUUCCCGAACUUGCAGCCCAAGCAAACCUUAGAAAAUCCGUUGUGUUCAAUGUUUCCGACGUAGCAGUCGGUGUAAUUGGAUAUCUAACUCCAGAAACAAAAGUGUUAGCUGUCCACAAUAAUGUCGAAUACAUUGAUGAAAUAGUAGCUCUUAGAGACGAAGUCAAAAAUUUAAAAAAUGAAGGUGUUAAUAUAAUUAUCGCACUAGGCCAUUCGGGUUAUUUAAGAGAUCUAGAAAUAGCGAAAGCGGUAGAUGGUAUAGAUUUAGUGAUCGGUGGACAUUCAAACACAUUUCUGUGGAAUGGAACAACGCCCGAUUCUGACGAGAUUCAAGGCCCUUAUCCUACUUACGUUACACAAGCGAGCGGGAAGCAAGUACCCGUUGUACAAGCGUAUGCAUACACGAAAUACCUUGGAAAACUACACAUGGUAUUCAAUUCUAACGGCGAUGUAACUAGCAUAGAUGGGAACCCUAUCCUAUUAGAUAAUAGAAUACCUCAAGAUCCAGAACUCCUACAAAUCGUGGAACGAUACAGAAGAGAUAUUCUUAACAUUACUGAAGAAGUUCUAGGACAAACGUCUGUCGUACUCGACGGCUUAAGCUGUCAAAACAAAGAAUGUAAUCUCGGAAACUUGAUAGCGGAUGCAAUGAUUUACCGAUACGCGACGGAUUACAAGGGAAAGUAUUGGACGGAUGCUCCAAUAGCAACGAUACAAGGAGGUGGUAUAAGAUCGUCAAUAGCAAAUACGAAAGCACCUACAAAUAUAACUAAAGGAGAUUUAUUAGGUGUUAUGCCGUUUGAAGGUAUAUUAGUUACAGCUGAGAUGAGUGGAACAAUAUUGCUGCAGAUGCUCGAAUACGGCUGUCUUGGAAACCACGAAUUCGACGAGGACGUGGACGGUGUUGUACCCUUCAUCAAAAACUUAACGACGCCGGUACUAGCUGCCAAUUUAUUACUAGACAAAGUACCGGAACUCCAGAAUAUAACUAAUCUUUACAAAUCGAUAAUGAUAUUAAAGAAAGGCGUAAAAAUAGGAAUCAUAGGUUAUUUAACUCCAGACACAAAAUUUCUUGCACCAAAAAACAAUGUAGAUUACGAAGACGAAAUACCAGCUAUAGGAAGAGAAGUAGACAAAUUACAAGAAAGGGGAGUUAAGAUUAUUAUAGCGCUAGGUCAUUCAGGUUUUCUUAAAGAUAUAGAAAUCGCCAAAGAAGUUGACGGACUAGAUUUAGUAAUUGGAGGUCAUUCUAACACGUUCUUGUGGAAUGGAAAUGAUUUCAAAGAAUCGCCGGAGCAUCCGCAAGGCUUUUACCCCACAAUGAUUAAACAAUCAUCAGGUAGAAUAGUUCCAGUGGUUCAAGCGUAUGCUUACACUAAAUAUUUAGGUAAAUUACAUUUGGUUUUCGAUUCAUCAGGCGAAAUCUUAAAAUGCUUUGGCGAUCCAAUAUUGUUACAUCAAGAAAUACCUAACGAUGAAGAUGUUUUAGCUAUAAUAAAAAGGUAUAGAGGGGACAUAGAUAGAAUUAAUAAUGAAAUAAUUGGCAGCUCUUUAAUAUAUCUCAAUGGUGAACAAUGUCGUUUGAGAGAAUGCAACUUAGGUAAUCUAAUAACUGACGCAACAUUAAAUUAUACGAAACGUAUUAAUAACAAAUACACAGAUGUAAAUAUAGUAUUCAUCCAAGGAGGUCGAAUAAGGUCUUCUUUGGGUGGUAGUGUAACGCCAUUUAACGUUACAAGGGGAGAUUUCAUCACUGUUCUACCAUUUUCGGACACUUUAUCCGUGGUAACGAUGAAUGGUUCGAUAUUAAUCCAAGCUCUAGAACAUUCUGUAGUCUCGUGGCGUACAAUAGAUAGUCCUGGACAAUUCUUACAACUAACAGGCGUUGAAGUAACCUAUGAUCUGUCAAAGGAACCUGGAGGUCGAGUUAAAAUGGUUAAAGCGAUAUGCACUGAUUGUGUUGAUCUAGAUGAUGUCCGGGAUUACUUGACCUAUAGGGUAAUAAUGCCCGGUUUCUUAGCAGAAGGUGGUGAUGGUUACAGUAUAUUUGAAAAAUUACCAAAGGAGAUAUUAUCUUAUAACGAAUUGUCAUGUACUUUGGAUUAUUUGAAAAGAUAUAGUCCUAUCAAUCCUGUACAAACAGGACACAUUACUGUUCUUAACGAAAAUGUAAUCAUUGAAAAUGUCUCAAGAAUUGCAUUUAACAAUGAAAUAGAAAAUUCCAGAUCUAAUGUAAAUCACAUAAAUGUAAUCUUAUUAGCAACAAUUUUUAUAUGUCACAUUUAUUCAUAGAUUCAAAUAUUUAGUUAUAA